UUUUUUCAGGAAGUAGAAAUAGGUGACUUCCCCUCGGCGGUCUUCAGUUUUAUUCUCUUCAGUUUUUCAGGCACCGACACGGCUCUCGUAAACAUGGACAGCUUGGACAGUCUGAUCCUGAAACUCCACGAUGUAAACGCGGUGAAAUUUGGGGAAUAUAAACUCAAAUCUGGAAUGAUGACGCCUAUUUAUAUCGAUCUGAGAGUUUUAGUGUCCCAUCCAGCGCUCUUGAACCAGGUUGCCAGUUUCAUUUACCAGAAGGUGCAGGAUGAGGGUCUCCAGUUUGAGUCUGUGUGUGGGGUCCCGUACACAGCUCUGCCUCUGGCCACAAUCAUCUGCUCUAGACAUGAGCUGCCCAUGCUUAUCAGGAGAAAGGAGGCCAAGGACUAUGGCACUAAACGUAUGGUGGAGGGCAUCUGUCGAGAAGGCGAUAUUUGUUUGAUCAUUGAAGACACAGUGACCAGUGGUACCAGUAUUUUGGAGACUGCAGAAGUGCUCUACAAAGAGGGACUCAAGGUGACAGAUUCCAUUGUUUUGAUGGACAGAGAGCAGGGAGGAGUGGAGAUGCUGGCGUCAAAGGGAAUACGUCUUCACCCGAUAAUCUCUAUGUUUAAACUGCUCGAUGUGCUGCAGGCGGCCGAGCGAAUCGACGCACAAAUGGCUCAAAACGUCCGCAAAUUCAUUAUUGAAAACAACACAUUCAGGCCCAAAGAUGAGAAGAAGAAUGGUAACGGUGUAUCUGUUCCCAAGAAGCCUUGUAUCGAGCACAAAGAGCUGAGUUAUACAGAAAGAGCCAAACUACCAAAAAUUCACCCACUUGCAUCCAAGUUACUGAACAUCAUGGAGGAGAAGCAGUCAAACCUGUGUGUGUCGGCUGAUGUAACUAGCAGUGAAGAGUUAUUAGAGCUCGCAGAUUCACUUGGCUCCAAAAUCUGUUUGCUUAAAACACACAUAGACAUAAUUAAGGACUACACAACAGAAAUUGGUCAGAAAUUACAAGCUGUGGCCGAGAAGCACAACUUCCUUAUCUUUGAAGACCGAAAGUUUGCAGACAUUGGGAACACAGUCAAGCAUCAAUAUGGAGGUGGCUUGUACCAGAUCUCGUCCUGGUCCCACAUAGUAAAUGCACACCCACUGCCUGGUCCUGGGGUGGUGAAGGGGCUCAGUGCUGUGGGCAAGCCCCUGGGCCGUGGCUGUCUACUCAUAGCACAGAUGAGCUCACAGGGCUCGCUGGCCACUGGAGAAUACACACAAACUGCGAUGAAAAUGGCAGAGGAUCACUCAGAUUUUGUGAUGGGUUUUAUCUGCGGUGGGAAGAUAACCAAAAGGCCAGAGUUCAUCCACAUGACCCCAGGAGUGCAACUGCUGAGUAAAGGAGAUGAUUUAGGGCAGCAGUACUCCACCCCAGAGGAGGUGAUCAAGAACAAAGGCUCUGAUGUCAUCAUUGUUGGACGCGGGAUCCUGGAGGCCCCUGAUAGGCUGAAAGCUGCCGAGGCGUACAGGAAGUCGGGCUGGGAAGGCUACACACUACGACUGGCCUUGAGUCAACAAUAGAUUUGCAUUUUUGUGUCUCAUUUUCAAAAUAUUCAACUACACCUCAAUCAAAGACCUAUUUGUGAUAAUAUAGUCAGUGUUACACUAUUGGUAUAAAUAAGCAGACUUUUUGCUUUAUAACUUUAUGAUCAAUUGAAUUUGUUCAAUUUAUGUUCUCCAUUGUUUCUCCAGGACUAAACUUGGGCUUACACUUAUUUCAUCCAUUGUAGUUCCUAAUUAUAGUGCAAUUUUCCUACAUACAAUGUGUCAUACUUGGAUCUGCAUAGUGGACUGGCAUAGUAAUAUUCAUUUUAUUUUAAUAAUAGGCUAAAUUUAAGGUAGAUCUUGUAUAUCAGCAUUCUUUAUGGUGUUUAGUAAAAAAAAUAAAGCAUAAUUUCUUUUUUUUUGUGUUAAUUAGUAUAGGCCAUUUAAUUACAAAUGAUGCCUGUACUUUGUAACCAAAAACCUUGUAUUUCUACUUUUAUUCACUGUACUGUUGAUGUCCAAGGAGCAUCAUUUAGUUAAGUUUGAUUAUGAUUGGUUGAUCCAUCUGUCCUGUUCACCUGUCUUUCCAUCCUGAUUUAUCAAUAAUACACAGAUAUGUUGUCUUAAAGAGCCAGUGAUUUAAAGUCAAGUUUCAGUCACUGAUGUGAAAGGAGAAGUUCAGCAGUUUUGUUUAUUGAGGACCAUUUUAGACUCCUUUUGUAUGUCUCCUGGUGUCCUGGUUGUUAGUUGCUGCUAAAACAGAAAACAGUAUGAGGUUAUUGGUUUUACAUUUCUUCUGAUGUCAGGUAAAAUGCAAUAUUUCUUAUAUUUUUCUUUAAUGUAUUCUUUGUUACUUGAAUUUCCAAAAUGUGUGUCAUCUCAAGGGACCAUGAACAAAUAAAUCAAAUAUACUAAUGGCUUUUAA